CCGGAGGAGAACCGCACGCAGAGAGAGGAGUCCUAGCCAAGUGCCAGGAAACCAUCUCCCCAGCGCGACGCAAAAUAGAUUUCGUCAUGUGUGGUACAUGGUUAUGUUUGUCCUCACAACAACCCUGUGAGGCACGGAAAUGCUUCUUUGGCUGCAGCAGACCAUGAGGUGGUGCUUGGUGGUUGCCUUUCAUCUUGGAAGCCACAAGAGGGGAAUUGGAAUUGUUUGGAUUAUGGCUGCCCAGGUUUUAAAACAGAGGGACGUGAUGCAGUGAAGCGAUGCCUGGCGUGGUGGAGAACGUGGCCAGAGAGAGGGGACGGAGUCAGCCUGAUGGGCAGGAGAUCCGGGACAUACCCAGCUUGGGAGCUUUUUCUCCUCACUGUAAUCCCACCGUAAGCUGCAGCCGAAUCGACCCAAAAUGGCCAGCGCGUCUGUCAAAGUGGCCGUCAGGGUGCGGCCUUUCAACGCCCGCGAAACCAGCCGGGACGCCAAGUGUGUGAUUCAGAUGCAAGGGAAAACUACCUGCAUCAGCAACCCCAAGCAGGCCAAAGAUGCCCCCAAGAACUUCACCUUUGACUACUCCUACUGGUCUCAUACCUCGGAGGAGGACCCCAACUUUGCCUCCCAGGGGCAGGUCUACAAAGACAUUGGCGAGGAGAUGCUGCUGCACGCCUUUGAGGGCUACAAUGUCUGCAUCUUUGCCUACGGCCAGACGGGCGCCGGCAAGUCCUACACCAUGAUGGGGAAGCAAGAGAAGGACCAGCAGGGCAUCAUCCCUCAGCUCUGUGAAGAUCUCUUUGGCCGAGUGAAUGAGAACCAGUCCCCCAACCUCUCCUAUUCCGUGGAGGUGAGCUACAUGGAGAUCUACUGUGAGCGGGUGCGGGACCUCCUGAGCCCCAAGAGCCGUGGGAACCUGCGUGUGCGGGAGCACCCCAUCAUGGGGCCCUACGUGGAGGACCUCUCCAAGCUCGCGGUCACCUCCUACGAGGACAUCGCUGACCUCAUGGACUGCGGCAAUAAGGCCAGGACGGUUGCUGCCACCAACAUGAAUGAGACCAGCAGCCGUUCACACGCGGUCUUCACCAUCGUGUUCACCCAGCGCCGCCAUGAUGAGCUUACGGACUUGGACACUGAGAAGGUCAGCAAGAUCAGCCUGGUGGACCUGGCUGGGAGUGAGCGAGCAGAUUCCUCGGGAGCGAAGGGCAUGAGGCUCAAGGAAGGCGCCAACAUCAACAAAUCGCUGACCACGCUGGGCAAAGUCAUUUCCGCCCUGGCAGAGAUGCAAAAUAACAAGAAAAAGAAGUCUGAAUUCAUCCCUUACCGUGACUCAGUCCUCACCUGGCUUCUGAAAGAGAACUUGGGGGGCAAUUCCCGCACAGCCAUGAUCGCUGCACUCAGCCCAGCCGACAUCAACUACGAGGAGACGCUGAGCACCCUCCGUUAUGCUGACCGUACGAAGCAGAUCCGCUGCAACGCUGUCAUCAACGAGGACCCCAAUGCCCGGCUCAUCCGUGAGCUCAAGGAAGAAGUGGCCAGGCUUCGAGACCUCCUCUCUGCUCAGGGGCUGCCGGCUACCCCCUUUGAUGGCUCCCAGCCCGAAGACCCAGGCGGCGGACUGGAUGCUCCGGCCUUGUGCUUUGCCCCGACGGCUGCCGCCGCCGCCUCCCUCCUGCUGGAGCCCCUCGCACACAAUGGGGAGGCAGAGCCGUACCCCGCCCUGGAGGGGCAGAUCAUCUGCACGGAAGAGGCCAUGGAGAGGCUUCAGGAAACGGAGAAGAUCAUUGCUGAGCUCAACGAGACCUGGGAGGAGAAGCUGCGGAAAACGGAGGCCAUCCGGAUGGAGCGGGAAGCUCUCCUGGCGGAGAUGGGGGUGGCGCUCCGUGAGGAUGGUGGCACGGUGGGAGUCUUCUCUCCCAAGAAGACGCCGCACUUGGUGAACCUGAAUGAGGACCCGCUGAUGUCGGAGUGCCUGCUCUAUCACAUCAAGGAUGGCGUCACACGAGUCGGCCAGCAGAACGUGGACAUCAAGCUGACGGGGCAGUUCAUUAAGGAGCAGCACUGUGUAUUCCGAAGCGUCGCCAGCGAGUCCGGAGAAGUGGUGGUCACACUGGAGCCCUGUGAGGGUGCAGAGACCUACGUCAACGGGAAGCCGGUGAUGGAGCCCCUGGUGCUGAGAUCAGGCAACCGUAUCGUGAUGGGCAAGAACCACGUCUUCCGCUUCAACCACCCGGAGCAGGCCCGGCUGGAGCGGGAGCGCAAUGCCCCCAUCGAGAGCCAGGUGGAGCCGGUCGACUGGAACUUUGCUCAGCGGGAGCUGCUGGAGAAGCAGGGCAUUGAUAUCAAGCUGGAGAUGGAGAAGAGACUGCAGGACUUGGAGACCCAGUAUCGGAGGGAGAAGGAGGAGGCGGACCUGCUUCUGGAGCAGCAGAGGCUGUACGCGGACUCCGACAGCGGCGACGACUCUGACAAGCGCUCGUGCGAGGAGAGCUGGCGCCUCAUCUCGUCGCUGCGCGAGAAGCUCCCGGCCACCAAAGUGCAGACCAUCGUGCGCCGGUGCGGCCUGCCCAGUUCGGGCAAGAAGCGGGAGCCGCUGCGCGUGUACCAGAUCCCGCAGCGCCGGCGGGUGGCCAAGGACCCCCGCUGGCUGACCCUGGCCGACCUCAAGAUGCAGGCGGUCAAGGAGAUCUGUUACGAAGUGGCGCUCAACGACUUCCGGCACUCCCGCCAGGAGAUCGAGGCCAUGAGCAUCGUCAAGAUGAAGGAACUCUGCCGCUUGUACGGCAAGCGCGACCCCAACGAGCGGGACAGCUGGCGCGCCGUGGCCCGCGACGUGUGGGACACGGUGGGCGUGGGGGAGUCCGAUGGCAGCGGCCCCGGGGGAGGAGGGGCCGCUGACGGCCGAGCUGGCGCCCCUGGCACCGACGUGGAGGACCUCCGAGCUCACAUCGACAAGCUGACCGACAUCCUUCAGGAGGUGAAGAUCCAGAACAACAUGAAGGACGAGGAGAUCCGGGCCCUGAAGGACCGCGUGGUCAAGAUGGAGCGUGUGAUCCCCAUCUCUGCCCAGGAAGAUGAAGACCUGGAGAACGAGUGGGGCUCGCUGCUCUUUGCCGAAGGCCUCCUCGUCUCCUCGGAGGGGGAAGCCAAGGAGCGGGCCAGCAGCCCCGACACGCCGCCCUGCCCGAAAGAGGAGUCCUCGCCCUCGCCCUCGCCCUCCUCGCCCUCCUCCUCCUCCUCCUUGGAGCGGGUCUCCCGCCUGAUGGAGAAGGACCCGGCCUUCCGCCGCGGGCGCCUCCGCUGGCUGCGGCAGGAGCAGGCCCGCCUGCAGAACCUGCAGCAGCAGCAGCUGGCCAAGGCCUUGCGCCGGGGCCAGGCCCACCCGCUGCCGGGCAAGUUCAUCCCCCCCCAGGACUGCAAGCUGCGCUUCCCCUUCAAGAGCAACCCCCAGCACCGCUACUCCUGGGGGCCCAACUCCGCCUUCAUGGUGGGGGGCGGGGAGGAGCCGCCGGCCCCCGGCAGGGAGGGGGCCCCCCACCCGCCUGCCAGCCCCACCCCUGCCCGGCGGAGCAGCCCCGGCCCCCAGCAGAAGCGUGGGGCCCAGCCCAGCCGGCGCAACUCCCUGGAAGGGGGGCAGCAGCGGGGCCGGCGGGGCCAGGCCCAGGAGCACGGCCAGGCCCGCAAGCACAACUACUACCCCCGCCAGCACCAGCCCUACCCCCAGCACCGGCCCAGCAACCCCGGCAGCACCACCCCACCCCGCAUGCGCAGGCAGCGAUCGGCACCCAACCUGCAGCAGGAACGCGAAAGCACCGUCUGAGGGGGGGGGCGAUGCUGGAGGAGCCGGGGAGGGGAGGGGCUGCCAGCUCAUCUCCCCCCCCCCCACAGAGGGCAGCCAAAGAGAGGCGGGGCUGUGCCUGUUGGACUUCUGCCUCGGACUCCAUCAGGAGGAACAGACAGGACUGGCGCCGUGCCACGAGGGGUUGCUGUGCGCGGUGGGGGUGGGGGGAAGAGACUCGGGAAGGGGGCCGUGGGGGGUCUGCAGUGCGACGACGGGGGGAGGGGGGCGGUCAGGGUGAGCAGAGCCCCCUUGGAGGAGGGCUGCUGCUUGUAGGAAAGCCAAAGAAGAGAGAGGGUCUGGGGCGGGCAGGAGGGCUGCCGCUGUGGGGAGCGCGGGAAGUCUGUGAGGGUCUGGAGCAAGGAGGGCAGCUUGUCAAGAGAAGCGGAGUGGGGGGAGGAGUUGAGCAGGAGGGAGGGAGGGGCCCAAACGCCUCUGCAGCCCCCCCCCCCGCCGCCUGCGUUGUGUUGGGACUGUUGGCUGGAGGCUGGUUGUGCUUGGCCUGCGGCCACCGGGGCCCCCUUCUCUCUCUGCCUGUGUUGGGCUUUUUUGGUGUUGGUGGGGGGGGGACCCACAAUCACUGCCCCUCUCCGGCUGGGGCACCUCUUGCCCUGGAAUGUGGCAGAGGCCCCCACUCUGUGUGGCGGAGGGAGGCCGGGGCCAGCAUCCUCUCCCCUCCCUUCUGUGGCAAAGGGCCCAGAGACUUGGGUGGGGGCCCUUAGCAGGAGUGCACCCCCCCCCGCAGCCUCCCCUUCCCCUCUGCCAGGCUGCACGCCAGCCAGGGCUUUGGGCUUGCUGCUGCUCCCCUGUGUGUGCGUGCGUGGGGGGGGGUCUACAUCCCUGGGGGCUGCUGCUACUCCCCAGGGCCACAUCUCUCAGUGCGUGGAGGAGGGAGGAGCGUGGCCCAGCUGGCUUGCCUCUGGCCGCGGCAUCACCCCCCCCCCCCCCCGCCCGCUCUUGUGAGGUUGGGCUGCCCUCAUGCCAAAGUUACCCUCCCAGGGGCUUCCCCUGCCCUGGCUUGGAUGAUUUUCACCCCAGCUGGCCCAAAAUGCUGCAGAGUAAGCCCCAAGGAGAUCCUCCCCCCCCCCCCGCCCGCUUUGGAGUUGCCAGAGGGUGUUGGCAAAUCAGAAAACUCUGGGUGUGUGUGUGGGGGGGUCACUGCUGCCUUUCCAGCGUUGCUUCUUGGGGUGUCCUUGAUGGGUUUUCUGGUGCUGCGUGUGGGUUUCUCUCCUCUAGAGACUUGGGGUGGGGGGGUCUGCAAACGGGAGGGGUGUGCGUGCGUCUGGUCUGUGGCAAAGCCCCUCCUGGGCGGACCCUGCUGGAACUGACCCUGAAGAGCCCCCCCAGCUCCGGUUCAAUAAAGGUGGCAACCACU